GAGGAGGCAUCUUUAGAGACUCCGAUUUACUUUGCAAUUAAAGCAGGAAACUUUGAAGCAGUGCGCUGUUUGCUGGCGUAUGGCGGCUGCUCGUUGCUGCAGCACCAGAACCGGCAUCAUAUGACCCCCUUCCUUGUUGCUGCUGGCGAAUUUGCUGAGGAGAAAAUUGGCGAUGCUCUGCGCAUAUUGGAGCUCCUCUACCUGCAUGGGGUGUCUCUAGAGGAGCAAGAUGAGACAGGACAAACGGCUUUGCUGUGGGCGGCUAGAAGGGGCUCUCUUCCAAUUAUUCAGUGGUUGUUGUCGAAGGGAGCGAAUCUAAACCACCGGGAUUGCAAAGGCAACACUGCACUGCAUGCAUGCUGUAGGGUAGUAAUGGCUUUAUUCCUUUUAACCAACAGCAGCAGCAGCAGCAGCAGCAGCAGCAGCAGCAGCAGCAGCAGCAGCAGCGAGCUGCUGCAUGCACUGCUCGCUUUGGGGCUGUGGGGUGUUACCCAAGGCCUCUGGCUCGCCACAUUUAAAGCCGAUCCCGGGAUCGUCUCCUCCAGCCUCAACAGAAUCAAAAGCCAAUUCGCCUCCGUACACCCGAAGUUUACUCGCGAGGUUUUGGAGAGCCUUCGGUGGCCGUUGGGCCCCUCUUACGGCCCUUAUCAUUCUCAGCUCGAACAGAUAGACAGGCGAAAGCUGCUGGUGAAUUUGGAGUUAUUUGAAUUGUCGGCUUCAUCGUCUGCAGCAGCAGCAGAAGAUGAAUGUAGAGGAUCCGAAGCAGCAGCAGCAGCAGGAGCAGCAGCAGCAGCAGCACGAGAGACUUUGUCGCAGCUCCGAGCAGCAGCAUGCGAGCUUCAAGAAGCAGCCCCCGCAUAUUGUGCGGCGAUUCAAAGGGAGGACAAAUGGAUGGCUGUGGGAGUUCUGGGGUUCUUCACCCCUUGCUAUUUUGAAUGUUUUGUUCAAAGCGACGAUAUCUCUGCUGCUAACCCACAGCAGCAGCAGCAGCAGCAGCACCAGCAGCAACAGCAGCAGCAACUGCAGCUCUCAAGUGUGAACGUAAUAUGGUUCUGGCAGAACUCCCCACAGCUGGAUGAGGCGGGGGACCCUAAGCUGUCUUCUAGAUCUUAUAUAUCUUUAUUAGGUGCACCAAGCGCUGAAAGACUUCUAACAGAUUUAAACUCUUCACCUCUGUUUGCUGCGGAAGCCCCCUAUCUGCUGCAUGCAGCAGAUGCUGCUCGGGCAUACGCAACGACUUCCUAG